AGCAAAACCCGGAAGUAAACAGUAAGGCUCUCGGAAGUGUUGGUGGAUCCAUGCCUGCUGUCCUUGGGCUACAGGGAGAGUUUAGAGGAUGUUCCUGACCUGUGUAAACCAUGCGAAGAGUAAAUCAAAAGUUCUCCUGGUUCAGAUGAUGAGCGCGGCGGGGACUGGCUAUUCCUUCAACACCAGGAGGAACAAAAUCAAGGACAAACUUAUCCUCAGGAAGUACGAUCCCAUAGUGAGGCAGCACGUUCUGUUCACGGAGAAGAAAAAAAUCCGAACCAUAUGAUACCGGGACUUACUCAGAUUACACGGGCGCUGUCUAUGGUGGAGGGGGAGGGGAUG